AUGAGCUGGAGUUUGCUGCAAGAUGUUUUGAGUGGGGUGAAUCAGUACUCCACGGUAGUUGGAAGAAUUUGGCUGAGUGUUGUAUUCAUAUUCCGGGUCCUAGUCUACGUAGUGGCAGCAGAACGAGUCUGGAGUGACGAUCAGAAGGACUUCAUCUGCAACACAGAGCAACCCGGCUGUGAGAAUGUGUGUUUUGACUAUUUCUUCCCCGUGUCACAUGCAAGGCUGUGGGCUCUGCAACUGAUCAUGGUUUCUACCCCUUCCCUUAUGGUUGUCAUGCAUGUGGGUUACAGAGAGCGCCGGGAAAAGAAGCUCCAUAAGAAACUGUACAAAAACAAAGGGGACUUAGGCGGGGGUCUCUGGUGGACUUAUUUCUUUAGCCUGGUGUUCAAGACCAUUGUUGAGAUUGGCUCCUUGUUAAUUUUUCACUGGAUGUUUCACGGUUUCUCGGUCCCCCGCCUUUUGAAAUGUGAGGUUGCACCCUGCCCCAACACAGUGGAUUGUUUUGUCGGUCGGCCAACGGAGAAGACGAUCUUCCUGUACUGCAUGGCUGUCUCCUCUUCGCUGUGCGUCCUGCUGAAUGUCUGUGAGAUGAGUUACUUGGUGGUCAAGCACUUCAAGGAUACCUGGGAGAGGAGGUCUUGCAAGAAAGAACCCAGGCUCAAUUGCAAAUCUGCAAGUUACACUUCCUUCAGAGGGCAUUAAGAAUCACCUAUAUGAUGCAAGGUUGGUCGCAAAAUAGGCCAUUUCAACAUUAGUCAUCUCCUUGAGAUUUUACUUCAGUCUGGAGUACAGUACUUCAUGGUCGCUCAUCUGAGGUAAAAGUCAACAAAUGAACAGGCUUGAAUUAUUCACAAUCUACCAU